CAUGAACACUGCUGUCUUCCAGUUUCUACAGUCCGACUCCUCAAUACUAACCACUGACCAUCUCAAACAUGGCCUCAGCGAAAUACCCACAGCGCAAGAUCGGCGACGACUACGUUUCCGCCCAAGGCCUAGGGUGCAUGGGCAUGAGCUUCUCAUACACAUCUGGUGAAAGCUAUAAUGAUGAGGAAUCAGCCAAAGUGCUUACGCGUGCUCUCGACCUCGGCAUCAACUUCUGGGAUACGGCCGACGUUUACGGGCCACAUACCAAUGAACAGCUCAUUUGCAAGUGUUUCAAAGAUACAGGCCGGAGGAAGGAAGUCUUUCUCGCCACCAAAUUCGGUCACACGCGUGGGUCUGACGGCUCCAUUCAAGUGAGAGGUGACAAGGAAUACGUGAAGCAGGCAUGCUAUAACAGUCUCGAGAGACUAGGCGUCGAUCAGAUCGAUUUGUAUUACCAGCAUCGUGUGGAUGAUAAGACGCCAAUCGAGGAAACUGUUCAGGCUAUGGUCGAGCUCAAGAACGAAGGCAAGAUUCGCUAUCUGGGUCUGUCUGAGUGUUCAGCGGAGACAUUGAGACGGGCGGUCAAAGUGCACCCAAUAGCUGCAGCUCAAAUGGAAUUCACGCCGUUCGCCUUGGAGAUUGAGUCUGAGCAGACCGAUUUCCUUCGUACAGCUCGUGAGCUUGGUGUCAAGAUCGUGGCGUACAGCCCACUUGGCCGUGGUUUCUUGACUGGCGCUAUCAAGAGCCGAGCAGAUUUGGACGAGACCGAUGGGCGGAGAAAUCAUCCGAGGUUCUCCGAGCAGCAUUUUGCUGACAACCUCAAGCUUGUCACGAAGCUGACAGAGCUCGCGACCAAGAAAGGCGCCACACCGGGCCAGCUCGCUCUUGCCUGGGUACUCUCUCAAGGGGACGAUUUCAUUCCGAUCCCCGGAACGAAGCGAAUCAAGUAUCUCGAGGAAAAUGCCAAGGCAAUCGAUGUUCAGCUUACGAAGGAGGACGAUCAGGAGAUUCGCAAGGCCAUCGGGAGUAUAGGAGGCAUGAAAGGCGAACGCUACCCACCCGCCAUGAUGUCGAAGUUGUUCGGAGACUCUCCGUUGCCGAAGUGA